AUGCAGUUUGAGCUCAGGAGAUUAUCUUAUUGCGUAUCAAUGGUGGAUUGGAUUGAUUUGUGUGACGACGAUAAUAAGAGCUGGGAUCUUGAUUACAACAGUGAUUCCUCUUCAUUUGAAUGGGAUCUUGAUUAUGAUGAUGAUACUUGUGGAGAGGAUCAUGGUCAUGCUGUUGGAGAGAUUUUGAGUGAUCAUCAUGAUCAUGAUGAAGUGGACUCAGUUCAUGAUGAUACUUCUGCAGAGGACACAAGUGAAUAUGAAGAUGUUGAUUGGGAUCAUGAUGAUACUUAUUCAGAAACCUUCAGCGACGUCUAUGACUACGAUGACGUCGAAGCGUUGCAUGAAUACUUUAGCAACAAAUGA